AUUGACAGUCACCAACCAAAACAUUUGCCGCAGUCUGUGUUGGCAGGCAAUUUACAGCAUACAGGCGCAGAAAUAAUCAAAUUUACUGUAUUUUUCCACUAGGAACAAAGCUAAAUGUUGUUAUUUUAGAUAACCUGGUUGAACUUUGUUUGUAAAUAUCUGCGCUAACGUCGCUUUCAUUGCUAACCAAUGUUACAGACGGACUUUUUCCAUGUUAAAUAGUGCGCUAGUCAUGCAGAUGUUAGCCUGAUCUGUUCAUAUUUGUCUAUAUGAAAUGCGGACAACAAAGUUUUAACUUAGGGAAAAUUAUAUUUCCCCUCAGCCAGUUCAGAUGCCUCGCCUGGAGAAGCCCGGAAAAGGAACAAGAAGACUAAAAUUAGACUGGAGUUUUGUUCAGAGGUUCUGCAGCAUCCAGAGAGUCCUGUUCCCAUCAUGGACCUGCCAAAGUGCUCUGAUGUUUGGGACACUGCUUGGUGUUACACUAACAGAGCAGCUGAUCAUUUACCAAGUGGGUGUCCUUCCUGGUCAGUUCUACAAAGUCCUGGCAGAUAAAGAUUACUCCGGCUUCAGGAGUUUGGUGGGAACAGCAUUGGUGCUCAUUUUACUCAACUCCACACUGAAGAGUCUGGACCAGUACAUUUGCAAUCAGAUGUAUGUCAAGUGGAGGAAGACACUAACUGAGAAUCUCCAUUCAGCCUACUUCCAGGGAAGAGUCUAUUACACACUCAAUGUCCUCAGAGAGGACAUAGAUAACCCAGACCAGCGGAUCAGUCAGGAUGCAGAGAGGUUGUGUAAACAGAUGAGCACCAUGGCCAGUCGCUUGAUUGUCUCACCAUUCACACUGUCUUACUACACCUAUCAGUGCUUUCACAGCACUGGCUGGAUUGGUCCUGUGAGCAUCUUUGGAUAUUUUGUAGUCGGAACUAUUGCCAAUAAAAUCCUCAUGGGACCGAUAGUGUCAACCCUGUUUGAGCAAGAAAAACUGGAGGGAGACUUCAGAUUCAAGCACAUGCAAAUCCGUGUUAAUGCAGAGUCUGCAGCUUUUUACAGAGCCGGUAAAGUGGAGCACAUGAGAACAGACCGAAGACUACAGGCUCUGCUGCAGACUCAGAAAAGUCUCAUAAACAAAGAACUUUGGCUUUAUAUUGGGGUUAACACCUUUGACUACCUCGGAGGUUUCCUCAGCUACAUUAUAAUCGCCAUUCCGAUCUUUACUGGAAUCUAUGAUGGUCUCACUCCUGGUGAGCUCAGUGCACUCAUCAGUAAGAAUGCCUUUGUGUGCAUUUACUUGAUAAAUGGAUUCACACAGCUAAUAGACCUGUCAACAACUCUGUCGGAUGUGGCUGGAUACACCCACAGGAUCGGGGAGCUGAGGGAGGUGAUGGAUCACAUCCUACGCAAGCAGUGCGACUAUGACCCCACCUCAGGAGAAAGUUACGACUUUGACAGUGACUUCAAUGUCCAUGCUGGCCCUGUGGACACUGCCUUCAUCCUGGACCAUCUCUCAUACAAAUCCCCAUACUCGGACCAGCUGCUGGUGGAGGAUCUGAGUCUAAAAAUCAGUCAGGGAACUCAUCUGCUGGUGGUGGGGAACACGGGCACCGGCAAGACAUCAUUACUGCGGGUCCUGAACCGUCUGUGGGAAGCACAUAGCGGUUUUGUCCAGAUGACCACAUGUUUCGGGCCCAGAGGAACCCUCUUCCUUCCACAGAAACCUUACCUGACUGAUGGCACACUGCGUGAACAGGUGAUCUACCCACUGAAGGAUAUUUACCCUGUAUCAGGGUCAGUGGACGAUGACAGAAUUAUACAAUUCCUGGAGCUAGCAGGAGUGUCCAAACUCCUGAAACGGACGGGUGGGCUGGAUGAAAAAGUGGACUGGAACUGGUAUGAUGUUUUGUCUCCAGGUGAAAUGCAGCGUCUUUGCUUUGCACGACUCUUCUACCUGCAGCCAAAAUAUGCCAUUUUAGAUGAGGCCACCAGUGCUUUGACUGAGGAAGCAGAAGCACAGCUGUACAGAACCUGUAAACAGCUGGGCAUGACGCUGGUCAGUCUGGGACACCGUAGCAGUCUGGAGAAGUAUCAUGAUGUCCAGCUGAAGCUUUGUGGAGAUGGCCGAUGGGAGUUGACUAAGUUAAGAGGAGCCAGCGGGAACUCAAGUCUCAGAGAAGAAGAAAUGUGACCACAGUGACAAGAAGGAGCCAUUGGUCAGGGUGACCGUGUGGGACACACCAGCACUCCGGAAAUCAUUCAAGUGGGAUUAUGAGCAGUAGUUUCAUUCCAGUCAUGCAGUUGUUGCCCAAGUUCACAUGCAGUUUGUAUAUUUUUAUUCCCUGACUCAAGGAAAAAAUGUUUCCUGGUUCAGAAACUAACUAGAAUAAUAUGCUGGAUUCAGAAAAUCAUCCAUCAAGUCAGAAAUGACGGAAGAGAAAACACUUUUCUGUUAAUUUUAUGUGCGUUUAUAUGAAG